AUGUUGCUCAAAACCCCAUCUCCGCAUAGUCAACAGCUCUCAUUAAUACCAAUAAUCAACAGAAUUCGUGUUAGAGCUUCAGGCAAAAAAUCUCGCAGUCCUUCCCAUUCAAUUCGGUCUAGAAAAAAUUCAAGUCCAAAAAUAAACAAAUCAUUCGCAGCUUAUGAAGAUGUUUCUCCUCUUGCAAGAAUUAGAAAUAAUUCUCUCCGGAGACAAAGCAAUAGCUCUGUAUGUGAAAUGAAAUCUUUUAGAUCUAGAAAACAAAAAUUUAAAUCAGAAGUCGUUGAGGAUUUAUUCAACACUUUCGACUCACAUAUUGAAACUGCAAAAGACGCUAUAAGGGAUAAGCAGUUCUUAAAGGCAAAAGGAUUUUUAAAAGAAAUCCUCAUGAUUGACCAUGAAAACGUAGCUGCACUUUAUAAUAAAGCUAUUUGCCAUGCAAAUUUACAUGAAUAUGAAUCUGCAAUUUCAGAUUUCCAUGCAGUAUUCAAGCUGAACCCAAAAUAUUCCAAAAAUGCGUAUUUGGAAAUGAGCAAGUGCUAUGCAGCACUUAAUGAUAUAAAUUCUGCCUUGAAGUGAAUUUCGAAUGGACUUUCGAAAUUUCCUAAAUUCUCUGAAGGGUAUAUAGACAGAGGCUAUCUUUUUUUGAAGCAAGGGAGAUAUGAAAAAGCUUUGAAAGAUUUUGCCCAGGCUUUGAAGCAAAAUUUUGAUAAAGCUCAUACAUUUCUUGCAAUGGCAGAUUGCUUUUCUGGAAUCGGCGACAAUGAAUCUGCAAUAAAGAUUUUAACAAAAGCUCUAGCCCUUGAAGAUUGCCCUCCAGAAGUAGCUUUAAAAAGAGCCAAAAUUUAUAAUUCAAUCGGCAAUUUUACUGAAGCUAUUGAAGAUCUAGAUCUAUAUCUUUCGUUAAAGCCUGACAGCUCAGAAGCAAACUUUGAAAAAGGUCUAAUGAUGCUGAAGAUUAAUAAAAUAUCUGACGCAACCUUAUGUUUUGAACAAUGCAUAAAAUUUGACAAAGAGAGAUCAUAUUUAAGCCAGGCAAUAUUCCACCUUGGCACUAUAAAAAUCAAGGAAAAAGAUUUUUACGGAGCUUUGUACACAUUUAAAAGAAUAAAUUCAGAAGAUGAAGAUCAGAGCCAAAAAAGUUUAAGAAUUUAUGCAGAAUCAGUAAUAGAACUUAUAAAGCGAAAUUUUGAAGUAGGAAUAAAAUCAUUUUCAAAGCUGAUUAAGAGAAAUGAUAGUGUCAUAAAUGAGUAUUUGAGCAGCUGCUAUAAUUGUCGAGCAUAUGGGUACAUUAUGCAGAGAGAUUAUGAUAAAGCUUUAAAAGACUUCAGGAAAUCCUGUCUAAUUGCAAAGCUUGACAGGCCUUCAAAGUUCAAUCAAUGCCUCUGCUUAGGAAUGAAAUUAAUUAUUGAAGAUGAUGUCAAGCAGGCUGCCCAACAGUUUAAAAAGGCUCACAAGUUAUUUCCUAGAAAUCCAGACCCUUAUAUUUUAAAUGCGUCUUUAUUGCUUUGCCAUGUAAAAAGUGAGAACACUGAUCAUAUGAAAACUUUGAAAAUGGUUAAUGAUCUUGUAGAAAAAGCACUAAAAGGCCGUGAACAUGAUUAUGAGAUAUUAUAUUAUCGAGCAAUAAUAAAAUAUUUAAACAAAGACUGGUCUGUAGGGCUUGAUAGCGUUAAUAAUGCCAUUUCAGAGUCAGAAAAUAAUGAUGCUGAGCACUACCUUUUAAGAGGGCUAAUCUAUGCAAGCUUAGGUCUCUAUAAAGAAGCUAUUGAUGACUUUUCUGUUUGUUGUCAAAUAGAUGAAUCUUUUAAAGAUGCAUAUUAUUACAGGGCCAGAUGCCUAUUUCUCAGUGGAGAUUCUAAUAAGGCUUUUGAAGAUUUUCAAAAGUAUAUUAAUGAAAAUAACGAUGACCCUCAAACUCAUAUACAAGCAGGAAACAUUUUUAUGAUUAUUGGCUCAGUUCAAGAUGCAAUAAAUGCUUUUAAUUUUGCGAAUAGUCUUAGCUUUAGCUAUGAAACAAGCUACCAGAUUGGGAUGUGCCAAAUAAUCCUCAACAAUUUAGAUGAAGCUUACAAUGAGUUACUUAAAGUGUCAAAUCUCAAGCCAAGCAAAUCCUUGCAGCAAGAUAUUGCUAUAUUAAAAUACCUAAAAGAGCUUCUUGAAAAACCAUUUGAUAAAGCAAAUUUCCAAAGAGCCAGCAAUUAUAUGUCUGAAUUACUAGAAGACAAUACCAGAGAAAUAUUUGAUAAUAAAAGUUUAAGACUUUUUAAAGGCGUUUUUCUUAUGUACUCUGAGCUAUAUGAUCAAGCCAUCUAUGAGUUCCAAACAAUUUUAGAUGCAAUCCAAGUUGACAACAUCGAAAAUCUCCCUCCUGAAGACGCGAUCUCCAUUGAAGAAGAAAAUUGUGAAGUCCUCUAUAAUAUCGCAGUCUGUAAUAUUAGUGUAAAGCAAAUUUAGUUAAACCCAAAUCACGCUUUGCUGAUUUUUCAAGAUUUAUCAGAAAUCCUUAACAAUCAGCAUCGAGGAAGCAUGCUAUUUUUAGCAGGCGUCGUAGAGAAGUCUUUGAAUAAUACAGAGUCCAGUGAGAAAUAUUUCAAUGAGUCUUUAUUAUGCGACCCUUCUUUGUAUAGUAAUUUCAGUAGCAAUGAAUCGUCUAUUGUUCUUCCUUUGAAUACCAGUAAUCCAUUUGCUCUAUUAUUUCCUUUAAUUGAUUUACCGUUUAAAAACUUGCCGAAAAUCCAGAUAAGGCCUUCAAUAUCAUUGCCGAGAAUUAAAGUGCCGGUAAUGAAAUUUGAAGUGGAAGAAAAGGCAAAGCAACUCCUGAGUGUUGAAAAACUCAAACUGAAAUUAGAAGCGCCUUGACUCUAACUAACUAAUUAAUUAUAACGUUUAACGUCCACUACGGGGUAGACUAUCCCAGGCCCGCCACUUGCCUUUCGCCGCAUCGGGCCCACGAGUUGCUGGGCCAACCCGUCUCGAUCACCAAGGUGCGCCUAGGGCAAAUGUCACCGGCUUCGACGGCUCAUGAGUGAGCUACUGCUUCUGGACAUGGGUUGCCUUUCCGAAAAUCAAAAAAAAAUGGAUUUUCUGGUCGGCUCUCGGCAAAAAGGAAAAACAUGCAGCCUGGGACGUAACGCCCAGUUUCACGCUAGGGAGUUGCCCGAUUGGUCUUUUAGGACUCUGCUGGGCUUCCCCUUUCCAACUGACAUGCCUUCCUUCCCCACGAGGAAAAAAACCAACCCUGAGAAUAGACUUGGGCUAGGCUCUGAACACAACCAGAAUUGCUUACCUAGCAUUGCUGUCCCUCUCCGAGCUGGCAAAACCUUGCCGGAUAUAAUUAAAUAUGAGUCGAGGCUGCAUGGCCGGGAGGCCAUGCCCAGACGAAGACGCCAUAUUUAAUUAUUCGAAGCGCCUUGACUCAAUAGGGUUCAUGGGUCAAUACAGUUUACAGACGAAGUUAUUACUUUGGAAAACGAACCUAGUGAUGGGUCUGAAGAAGAAACGGCAGCGAAUGUUACAAAUGUGACAGACUUUGAAGCUACUGAACUCAAUCCACGAAAAAUUAAAUCAAUGACUCCACUUAAAAGUUCUUUGACUCCUACAUAA